AUGUCGGUGGUAGCCUCGCCGGUCAUGCCACGACUGCUUCCACUGGAUAGCGUGUCGGGCACGUCCGGUGCUAGUUCUCCAAUCCUCUUAAAGGGCGGAGGAGACGCGCUGCGCAAAUCCGUGAUCACUGAGGAGGACUUGGAUCUCACUCUCGAUUUCGACAGCGACGUCGAGGACUCACUAGGUCCUGAUUUCUGGGAAGAGAAUGAUAGCAAGAGCUACCUCCGGGAGUGUGUUGAAGAGCUUGGCUACGCAGAUAAUCCUUCAGAAUUUUGGGAUUAUUAUAAUAAAGAAAUCACCGCGCAGGACGACGCGAAAAAUUUCAACCUGCGCCUUGCUGUCCUGGAGCAACGUCUAAGGGAGCUCGGGAUAGAGACAUGGCUCAAGCGCUAUGUAAUCGAGGAAAGAGUGUCUAUGCGUAGACUCCUUUUUGCUUUUGGUGUCCUCUUAACAAGAGAGCAGCUCAAGCAAGACGAUUUAUCCCUGUUGCCGGUGUUGAAAGCUGCGCUUUUCCGCAGGAUGCGUCAACGUAGUAAAAUACUGAAGUCACUUUAUCCAAAUGCCCGCUCCAUACUGCCUCAUGUGGUGCAAGUAAUUCGGAAUGCGGCCAAUAUAGUCGUACUCACUGGAGCAGGAAUCAGUGUUUCCUGUGGUAUACCGGACUUUCGGUCUCGGAAUGGCUUAUAUUCUCAGAUAUUCUCGACGGGAGCAUACGACUUAGACGAUCCUCAGCAGAUGUUCGACAUCAAUUACUUCAAACACAAUCCUAAUGUAUUUUAUUCUUUUGCACAUAAAAUAUACCCAUCGAAUUUUACACCAUCCCCUUGUCAUCGUUUCAUACGAGCCAUCGAGAGGCAUCGAAAGCUUUUGAGGAACUAUACACAAAACAUUGAUACCCUUGAAACAAAGACUGGUAUCAAGAGGGUUCUGCAAUGCCAUGGCUCCUUCGCGACGGCGACAUGCGUCAAUUGUCGCAAUCAGGUGCGAGGAGAUGUAAUUAAGGACGAUCUGCUUGCACGGCGUGUCCCGCUGUGCAAGACGUGCAAUUCAGAGGCCGAACUUAAGCCGAAAAAGAGUAGGCGCAAGAAGAAGAAAAAGAAGAGGAAUGAUGGGUGGGAAAGCGACGAACCAGAAGAGACGACUCCUCUACCGGCGGGUAUAAUGAAGCCAGACAUCACCUUUUUCGGAGAGAAAUUAUCGAAUAGAGUCGAUAGGAAAGUCUUCAGCGAUAUCAAGAGAGCCGAUCUUGUCAUAGUCAUUGGCACUUCAUUGAAAGUCAGGCCUGUCUCCGAAAUCAUAACGCACAUGCCGCAUCAGAUCCCUAUUAUCGUCAUAAACAAGACGCCUAUGACACAUUUUACACCAGACUAUCAACUUCUCGGAGACGCCGACGUCAUUGUCAAAUAUCUCGCACAUAAACUCCGUUGGAGUCUGAAACCGGGUCAGGAGGGAGAGCACCCAAUUAAACCAUCGUCAUCCGAAGCGCCUUUGGAACCUCCAAAGGAGAAAAGGAAACGAAAUGCGAAGAAAAUACGAAUUCUUGGACACACGCGUGUUGUUCUGUUUCCAGGCGCAGAGGGUGGAAGAUUUGCCGAACGACUGGCCACUGACAACCCAUCUAUAACGGAUACUGACUGGUCAGGUCCAAGCUCCGAAUCAGAAGAUGCAGGUUCGGAAUCUGAUACACCUGCGGAUGACGUUGACGGACGUGUACACAAGAGACCGCGAAGAAUGGUGACGUUACAGAGAGAUUCGUGAGGCACGAGUAACAUUCCCGCUGUUAUUUAACUAUUGCGAUUUGCACGUAUAGAUCUCUAUAUUCUGAGUAGAUGAUAAUUUCACA